AUGGACGAGGAGUCAGCUGUUUCGUCGAAGGAUCCCACCGAGUUCCUAAAACUUCAACCGAAGAAAAGCAUUCUGAAAGCCAAGCAGCCUUCUAUUGACACCCAGGGCAGGCAGCUGAGCCAGGACGAUGAGCACAAGAAGGCUCAUUAUGAUGAGAUGAAUAUCUUGGCCACCCAUCACCCAGCUGAUAAAGAUUAUGGCCAUAUGAAGGUGAGUGCUUGUCUUUAUCUGUCAUGGUUUAGAUCGAUGAGCCCAAGACUCCGUAUCAUGCCUUCAGCGAUUCUGAAGAAGACUCCUCUGCUUCUCAAAGUCGUCCACGACGUGUUUCUUUGGUAGGAAAUGCUGUAGAUGCCGAAGAGUUAUGCAAAGGUUUGGCUGCAGCUGCUUCGGGGAAUUUCCCAAGAAAAUUGAGUGCUGCUGGAUCAAUGGGCGACGACGAAGAAAUGGAUGAAUCUGAGAUGACGCCGGAACAAAUUGGUAAAAAUAUGGUCACUUAACUUGAUCUUAUUUUAGCUCACAAACGGGAAUUCGAACAGAAAAGGAAGAAGCAUUACGAUGAAGGAAGUGCUUUGAGAAGGGCCAAAGAAUUGCUAGCUCAGGAGGACAACGAAGAAUGA